CUGAGGGCGGGGCUUAGGCCCCAGAUGGCGCAGGAGCCGCGCCUAUCAGUGUCGUCCUCGCGUCACGGCAGGCGCCGCCUCCUGGAUUCAUUCAUUCGUUUUUUUCGUUCUCGGAGGGAGUGCGGCCUAGUCGAAAGCCAUGGAGAGCGCCGUCCCCGCCGCCGGCUUCCUGUACUGGGUGGGCGCGGGCACCGUGGCCUUCCUGAUCCUGCGAAUUGUUUAUUCUCUCUUUGAAUUCUACCGGGUGUGGGGAGUAGGAGGUGGGAUUGGCAGUAUUGUCACAGGUAGCACUGAUGGAAUUGGAAAAUCAUAUGCAGAAGAGUUAGCAAAGCGUGGGAUGAAAGUUGUCCUUGUCAGCAGAUCACAGGAUAAACUGAACCAGGUUUCCAGUGAAAUAAAAGAAAAAUUCAAAGUGGAGACAAGAACCAUUGCUGUUGACUUUACAUCAGAAGAUAUUUAUGAGAAAAUUAAAACAGGCUUGACUGGUCUUGAAAUUGGCGUUUUAGUGAACAACGUGGGAAUGUCAUAUGAAUAUCCUGAAUACUUUUUGGAAAUUCCUGACUUAGACAAUACCAUCAAGAAACUGAUAAAUAUUAAUGUCCUUUCCGUUUGUAAGAUGACACGAUUGGUGCUGCCUGGCAUGGUAGAAAGAUCUAAAGGGGCGAUUCUGAACAUUUCCUCUGCCAGUGGCAUGUUGCCUGUCCCUCUGCUGACCAUCUACUCUGCAACCAAGGCUUUUGUCGACUUCUUCUCUCAGUGCCUCCACGAGGAGUAUAGGAGCAAGGGCAUCUUUGUGCAGAGUGUCCUGCCAUACUAUGUAGCUACGAAACUGGCUAAAAUCCGAAAGCCAACUUUGGAUAAACCCUCUUCAGAGACGUUUGUGAAGUCUGCCAUUAAAACAGUUGGCUUGCAAUCCCGAACCCAUGGAUACCUGAUCCAUUCUCUUAUGGGCUCAAUACAAUCAAUCCUGCCUUCUUGGAUCAAUUUUAAAAUGGCCAUGGGUAUCAAUAAGUCGACACGAGCUCGCUAUCUGAAGAAAUACAAGAAGAACUAAGCAUUGGUAACUGCAUUGAGUAACUUGGCUGGGUGCUCCCGCCUAUGCGUGUUUGCCACAGGGCACCCUCCAGGUCUCCAAAACACGCAGUUGUCAUUUCUAUAACUGUUAAUAUGGCUAGAUGUUGUCUUAACUGGGAGGACAACAGAAGUUGCUUUUAGGACUUUCUUACAUGUACUACCAGGAAUAACUUUGAAGUUUAAUAGGAAUGCUCAUAUCAGAUGAAUAGAACCUAUUACCAAGAACAACUAAUAAAAAGGAACAUAAUCACAGCAAAUCACAGAAUAAUAGAGUCAAGCAUAAAAUUCAACAGUUUUAUCUGGACCAAAAUACCACUGCUCGUUUAUUCUUAUAUUUUAUCUGAAACCAAUUAUAAAAGACAAUUUCUGGUUACUUUUUUGGUUUUUAACACUUUGAAGAAAGAGAGAUUUAUUGAUUCACUUAUGGGAGGACACACUGCAGUUUACAAAGAUCUCUAUAAGUGUUUCUAGAAGUACGUUCCAGUUUGUACAUUUAUAUGGAACUAUUUUUUCCCAAAGGUAACUAAUGACAUAAAAAAAUUGUGAAGUAUAGUUAUUUCUAACACACAACGCCCAUUAAACUAUGCUUUCUUAUAAUGCAUAUUUCUUCUCAGAUUAAAUGUCUGUAAAUAUUGAAAGCUAUAUGGUAUGAUCAUAAAGGUACAUGGGGCAGAAUGUACAUUGAUACUGGCAGCCACUGAAAGCCUGACCCGGAACCAUGACUUACUUGGGCCCGGCCUUCAUUGUUUCCGCACUGAACCAAUAUUCUCACAAAUGUGACACUGGCUAUUCCUAUAAACAUGACGACAUUAAAGAAAUGGCAUUAUGCUUUUAAAGUUGGUACUGUAUAGGUACUGGUGUAAUUCAUUUUAAUAAAACGUGGUAUAGCCAUGGUAAAUGUUUCUUUGGUGCUUUAAAGUAAGACCAUAUUUACACUGUCUUAAUAUUAGGUAAGACGAACUUUUUAUCCUGCUGUGUAAGUUGUAGGGGAAAUUGCCAAGAAAGAAUUACUGUGCAAUAUACAACACGGAAGUUGGCCUUUACCUGGUCUGUGGCUCCCAGGUUCUGAGUUUUAAGCACCAGUAAAUUUGUCCAAAAAAUUUAAUUGGACUGUUUAAGUGUUUCUGGCUUUUAAUUUGCCAGCUAAGGACAUAAAGCAAACACACACACAAAUCACCAUCUGCUAUCAUCAUCAUUACGUAAAAGAAAAUAUAUGUAAUAUAUUUCAGCCCCAAACUAGUAAGAACAUAAUCUCAAAAUAAAGCAUUGUCACUUAAAUGGAAUAAAUAUAGCUUUAUGAAAAACA